AUCUAUAUACCUGCAACAUUUGCUCCCUUAAGCUAUUUCUCUAAUCCAAGCACACUACCACCCUCCCAUUUCCUAUCCAUCUUCCAGUUUGAAGAAGAUGGUUGUGGCCAGUGGUUGCCCCACAACUACCUCAAGCUCACUGCUCCUCUUCUUCCUCCUCUCUUGCAUGCUCAUCAGCCAUGCUCUCUGCAACCAGGGUCACCACGGCAGCAUCUCAGGUGCAGAUUAUGGAGAACAAUAUCCUCAUCAGGGAUUAUCUGGAGAACAUAUAAACUUGCAAGAGAACAUGAAGCAGGGUCUAAACGAGGAGAAACAGCCCAAGUAUGCGAGGAGAUUGAUGAUUGGUUCAACUGCUCCAAUGUGCACGUACAACGAAUGCAGGGGGUGUCGAUUCAAGUGUACUGCUGAGCAAGUCCCGGUGGAUGCAAAUGACCCCAUGAAUAGUGCAUAUCAUUACAAGUGUGUCUGCCACAGGUGAUUAUUAAUAAUUAGUAGGAGCUUGUGUGUCAUGAUAUGUCUUAGUAGAGAGUAGUAGUUCUCCUUCAGUCUCCUCUUCCCUUCCCUUCUAUUUUCUUUCUCUGUUAAAAUCGGGUUCAUCUUUUUUCCUUUUUACAAGAGGCUAGCUAGUAGCGGCCUGGAGAGGCAUUUUGUACUAUGAGAUGUUUAGUUCAGUUUCUGGACUAGUAAUUUUGGGAGUAAAUG